CGUCUAAAAAGCAGUCACAAAAAGUACUGUGCACAAUUCUGCAAAGUUCAGCAAUUCAUCCAGCACACAAUGUCGGAAUUCCAGAAGGUCGUUGUGAUUGACGCUAAGGGUCAUCUCCUUGGACGUUUGGCAUCUGUUGUCGCCAAGCAGCUUUUGGGUGGUCAAAAGGUUGUUGUUGUUCGCUGUGAAGAGUUGAACAUCUCUGGUAGCUUCUUCCGUAACAAGCUUAAGUACCUUGCCUAUUUGCGCAAGACUUGCCGUUACAACCCUACUCGUGGUGCUUUCCACUUCCGUGCUCCUUCUCGUAUCUUCCAAAAGGCAGUUCGUGGUAUGCUUCCCCACAAGAGCCCUCGUGGUCAAGCUGCUUUGGAGCACUUGCAAGCUGUUGAAGGUGUUCCACCUCCUUUUGACAAGCAAAAGCGUGUUGUUGUCCCUGCUGCCCUUCGUGUCUUGCGUCUCAAGCCCGGCCGUAAGUACUGCACUGUCGGCCGCCUUUCUUCUGAGGUUGGCUGGAAGUACGCCGACGUUGUUUCCAAGUUGGAAGAACGCAGAAAGGUCAAGAGCGCUGCUUUCUACCAAGCCAAGCACUCCAAGCAAAAGAAGGUUGCUGCUGCCAAGUCUGCUUCUUUUAUCAACCAAAAGCUUGCUUCCUAUGGUUACUAAAUGAGCAUCUUCGCUUCUUCUGGUUUUGCCCUAUUAGCUACGUAGGAAAUUGAAUAUGAGCACCAAGUCCCUUUCUUGUUAUUUUAUGUAUUGUAUAUACUUAAUUCCUGGUGUUUAGCGUGUAAUUAUUAUACAAGCUG